CUUGCAAACAAUACAAUGGCUUCCCCUUAUCAUAUCCAGCCGGUCGAAAGCGCAGACCUAGCCACUCUGGCCGAGUUUGUCUAUCAGUCAAAGCUAAACCUGACCAUCAACCGCCUUCUCUACAAAGACUGGCCCAACGAAGUCGCUCAGAGACACCAAUAUACCCUAGCCGUUGAAGGCGGAUUCAAAAACCCAGAAACAGAAAGCUUGAAAGUCGUUGACGCGUCAGGAGAAAUCGUUGGCUAUCUCGCGUUGACUCGCAUCCGUCCGACAAGCACAGAGCAGCAUGCCGAUGAAGACAAAUGGAGCCAGCAACAGAGCGCGACGGAUGUAUUUAACCAAGACGUCUUGAACGCCGUAAUCCAGGGCGUCGCUGAGGUCGCCGAGGUGACACAGACAACGGAUCGCUAUGAAGUGACCUACAUCUACGUCAAACCUUCAUACCGGAGACAAAAGAUCGGGGCGCAGCUCAUACAGGAGGGCUUCAAUAGGGCCAAAGCUGCUGGAGUCCCCCUCGUCGUCGCUACUGAGCCGGCUGCAUAUGACUUCUUUGCCAAGCUCGGUUUCAAGGACACCAAACAUGUUGAUUUUGAUCUUAGAAAGUGGGCUUCUCCCUAUAGUGGGUUUGGCAUAUUUAGAUUGGCUGGGAUGAUUUGGUCACACUAG